AUGAGCUUCAACGUAACAAAGCUGUCAGCUUUGCGCCGCAGCUUGAAUCAAGAGAGGCGAAAGCUGCUCCUUGCCAGUCAUCAUCAACAGAGGACUUCACGAAUAACUGAAUCAUCAAAAUUUUUUUUGUCAUCGUCGUCAUCAUCAUCGUCGUCGUCGUCGUCUGGCAGCAACGUUCCAAUGUUGAAGGCGCUUUCUUCUCGUCUGGAAGAAACUUUCAAAGAUUCAGUCUGGCUGAUUCCAAGAAAAGGUACGGGAUUUGACAACUUUCUCCCCAAGGACAAAAAGGAAAAAGAAGACGAAGAAGCAAAUGCGGAGAAAGACAGCAAUGAGGAGUCCAGCAAAAAGAAAGACGGAACAGGUGAAGCAAAGCCCGGUAAAAGUUCCGAUGAUGAUGCCAAGAAGGGACUAGGAGAUGCCUUUGAUUCAUUCCGGUCACAAAACAAAACAUCUGGGGAUGGUAGUGGCGGCAGUGACAACAAUAACGGCAUUCCCCCCAACUUUUCCAGUGCCAUGAUGGCCGGGAUCCUGAUGAUGGCUAUCAGCUAUGCCAUUGUGCGGUCAGAUGAUGAUACCUCGCCAGCUGACUAUUCAACUCGGGAGAUUACUUGGAAUGACUUUUGCAAUCAUUUGCUCGAGACUGGUCAAGUGGAGAAGAUUGUGGUCACCAACAAUCGCACUCAGGCAAAGGUUUACCUGAAACCUGGGUCCAAAGGUUUGCCACCAGCACAACCUCCGAGAUUCCGCUAUGCAGAAAGAAGGCAACAAGGAGCGGAUAGUGCAGGAAUGGGUACAAUGAACUCCACCGAAAGUUUUGAAACCUCCAUGCCAAACGAGUUGUACUCGCGCAACAGCUUUCCUUCAAAGGGUCAAAAAGAGCAACAAAUUGUAUAUCGAUUUGCCAUGGGUAGUGUGGAUGCCUUUGAGAAGAAACUCGAGGAGGCUCAACGGGUGGUUGGAAUGAAUCCUCUUCAGGACAUUCCCGUUCAAUACACUGCCGAAUCAAGUCUGGCAACUGAAGUUAUGAAUGUAAUCCCUUCACUGUUAUUGAUGGGAGCAGUGUUUUACUUUAUGCGUUUUGCAGCAGGAUCCAUGGGUGGGGCCAACCAAGGUGGCGGUGGUGGAAUGGGCGGGAUUUUCAAGAUUGGGAAGUCGACUGCCAAGAAAAUCUCUAAAGAAGAUGUCAAGAUCAACUUUUCCGACGUCGCUGGGUGUGAUGAAGCCAAGAAGGAGAUUAUGGAGUUUGUUGCUUUCUUGAAGGAACCAGAAAUUUUCACAGAUUUAGGAGCAAAGAUUCCAAAGGGAGCCUUGUUGUGUGGGCCGCCUGGAACAGGAAAAACUCUUCUUGCCAAGGCCGUUGCCGGAGAGGCAGGAGUUCCAUUCUUCUCCAUUUCUGGAUCAGACUUUAUUGAAAUGUUUGUCGGUGUUGGUCCUUCUCGUGUCCGUGACCUUUUCAAGGAGGCAAGAGAGACUGCGCCUUGUAUCAUUUUCAUUGACGAGAUUGAUGCAGUUGGAAGACAACGUGGCCGUGGUGGAGUUGGUGGUAAUGAUGAACGAGAGAAUACACUGAACCAAUUGCUAGUCGAAAUGGAUGGUUUCAACCCAUCUACAGGUGUUGUGGUAUUGGCUGGUACAAAUCGUGUUGAUAUAUUGGAUCAAGCCUUGACUCGACCAGGUCGUUUCGAUCGUCAAAUCACCGUCGACAAGCCUGAUUUGAAGGGACGGAAGGAGAUUUUUAAGGUACAUUUGCAAGGCAUCACAUUAGAAAACGAUGUUGAGGACGUGGCAGGCCGUCUUGCUGGAUUGACUCCUGGAUUUGCGGGAGCAGAUAUUGCAAAUAUUUGUAACGAAGCUGCAAUUCAGGCUGCUCGACGAAAGGGUGAUUCUGUCAACUUCGACGAUUUUGAGAAAGCUACAGAUCGUAUCAUUGGUGGAUUGGAAUCCAACAAGAUCAUGAGCAAGGAAGAACGAAGCAUCGUUGCCCAUCAUGAAGCAGGGCAUGCGGUUGCUGGGUGGUUCCUGGAACAUGCAGACCCACUGCUAAAGGUCACAAUUAUUCCAAGAACAAGCGGUGCGCUUGGUUUCGCUCAGUACCUUCCAAAGGAGGUGGCUCUGCGGACGCAGGAUCAAAUCAUGGACAUUGUAGUCAUGGCACUUGCAGGCAGAGCCGCAGAAGAAAUUUUCUUUGGCCGAGUCACAACUGGAGCAUCGGAUGACUUGCGUCGUGUUACAGAUAUGGUCUACAGUACCAUCCAGCUUUACGGUAUGAACUCUCGUUUGGGCCAGCUGGCAUUUCCCAAGGACCCGAAUGCAAUGUUUGAUGAUAGACCGUACUCAGAGAAAACUGCGAAAGCCAUGGAUGAAGAAGCGAAACGCAUUGUUGACGAAGCAUACCAACGAACACUCAAUUUGCUAACAGAACGGAAGGAAGAGGUCGAAAAAGUUGCCGCCCUGCUAUUGGACAAGGAGACUAUUAAUCACGAUGAUGUGCUCGAACUUGUUGGACCGCGUCCCUACGCUGGAAAUCCCGAGUACGAUGAAUUUGUGAGAAAAAGGAAGGAAGUGCUGAAGGGUGCAGACAGCAGCUCGCCUGAUGAUGAUGGCGACUCUGAAUCCAAGAAUCCAGAGGACGCAGUCACUCCUGGUUUGGCUUAG